UUGUAAAGGCCAUGCAUGACGGCCUGGAUUUCUGUCCAGACAAUUUUGAAAACCCAGGAGGCUUUUUAUUUUUCAUUAGUUGGUGUACAUAGGCUACCACACACUGAUGCAAUGGCGGACGCAGCACCAGCCGGUGAUCGCGGUGGCUUUCGUGGCGGUUUCGGGUCAGGAGGGCGUGGCAGGGGCCGCGGCCGUGGGCGCGGUCGCGGGCGUGGAAGGGGCCGUGGGAAGCCCGACGACAAGGAGUGGGUGCCAGUGACGAAACUGGGCCGUCUUGUCAAGGACCUCAAGAUCAAGUCACUUGAGGAGAUCUACCUGUUUUCCCUGCCGAUAAAGGAAGCAGAAAUAAUUGAUUUCUUCCUUGGAUCUGCCUUGAAAGAUGAGGUACUGAAGAUUAUGCCCGUGCAAAAACAAACCCGAGCCGGCCAGCGAACCCGAUUCAAGGCCUUCGUUGCAAUCGGAGACCACAAUGGACACGUAGGUCUUGGCGUGAAGUGUUCUAAAGAGGUGGCUACGGCCAUCCGAGGGGCCAUUAUCUUGGCCAAGCUGUCGGUCAUCCCAGUCAGACGAGGCUACUGGGGGAACAAGAUCGGCAAGCCCCACACCGUGCCCUGCAAGGUGACAGGAAAGUGUGGGAGCGUUCUGGUGCGGCUCAUUCCCGCACCACGUGGGACCGGUAUCGUCAGUGCACCGGUGCCCAAGAAACUACUGCAGAUGGCAGGAAUUGAGGAUUGCUACACAAGUGCAUGUGGCUCAACAAGUACUCUUGGGAACUUCGCCAAGGCAACUUUCCAGGCAGUGACAAAGACGUACAGCUACCUGACUCCAGACAUGUGGAAGGAGACAGUCUUCACCAAGUCGCCGUACCAAGAGUUCACUGACCAUCUGGCCAAGACCUACAAGACUGCGCAGCCUGCAGCAGCUCCGCAGCAAUCCUACUAAACAAAACCCAGGCGACAGAGUUCCCUGGUCUAGCGCUACGGCCUAGCUGUUCGGGACUCAGAGUGCAGUCCCAGGCCACUAUGGGAGUAGUUACACUGACGACGCCCACAUGAUGUUUUCAUUUUACUUAAAUUAUAACUUGUAGUUCUGACUGUUCGUUCAUAAUGGACCCUUGAAAUCUGUCCCUGAAAACCUCCCAAGUUUUUGAUUGAAUGUGUCCAACAAGAAGUGAUGUGAGCACAGUGCUGCUUCUGUGCGUGGACAGUUCAGGCUGGGGCCUGUCCAACAUGUAGGUUGCUGUAAGCACAAGGGUUGGGGCGCACACAACGGGUUGGGGCACGCUUACCACAGGAGAUGGGGCGGCACAACAGCAGGUUGUAGGAUGCGCACAACAAAGGCUUGUGGCUUGCGCAAUGCAGAAGUUGUGGCUAGCACAACAAGGGGGGCUGGGGCACAUGAGCCAAUGACGGGUUGGAGCGCGCUACCACAGGGGAUGGGGCGGCACAACGGCCGGUUGGGGAGUGCACAGUUCAGAGGUUGAGGCUAGUGCAACAAGAGGUUGAGGCAGCACAGCAGAGAUUGUUGCGCGUAGAAGUUGCAUUGGACCCUCUCAUUUUUUGUUGGCCACAUUUAAAUUAAUACUUUCUCCAUUCCAUGUACAGGUACUUUAAAAAUCAAAAAACUUACAUUCAACCAGGAAAUGGAAGUACUCAUUUUAAGACCCUAGUUCGGUAAAAAAGGUUUUUCAAAAACCAGUAACAUCUUCUAAGGAAUCGAAUGUCUCGAAACACAUGUACAAUAUACAUGUACAUCUUUACUAUCAUUGGAUUUGCUCAACAGACCCUACAUUAUAUCCAUCUAAAUCAUUUGAAGUUUUUACUCAAAAAGUAACACUCAUCUAGAAAACAGAUUGUAAAGUGAACUCUACUGGAAAUGGAACUCUAGUUGUAAUUUGAACUUGCUUGGUUCAGCUUAAAAAAAUGUAGUGCAAGUGUAGAGUGGAAUCCAAACAACGUAUGGGUUCUGAUGUUUAACUGCUUCCGAUGAGAUAGUGGUUGCCCCAAGAGGGCGAGCUUCUGAAAAAGUAAAUGAAAAAGAAAAUCAAA